CGCAAAUGUAUGCCAAGCACUAGUCCAUAUACAGAAUAGCGCACCCAGACCUCAAUUACAAGCUCUCCUCGCCGGACCACCAAACUUUGAACGUCAGGAGCUUCAGGUCGACUGUUCAGGCUACAAACACCACAACAAUGGCGUCUAGACUGGCAAGGAGUGCUGCUGGAGCCAGCAAACUCCGCGCAUCAACUUCUCUCCCGAUCCGCGCCCUCCCAUCGCUCGCCGCCAGCACGCCCUUGACUUCCAUCCGUCAUCAGUCCUCCUCUAACGUGCCCUCGCAAGACCCUAAGAAGACAGCUCAGUCCAUCGUCGACGCCCUUCCCGGGUCUUCCCUCGCCAGCAAAACUGCCAUUCUCUCCGCCGGUGCUGGAAUCUCCAUCUGGGCAAUCAGCAAUGAGCUCUACGUGGUGAACGAGGAGAGCGUCAUCGCUUUCUGUCUGCUGUCCGUCUUCUACGGCAUCUUUAAAUAUACAGGUCCCAUGUACAAGGACUGGGCGGAUGGCCAGGUGCAGAAGAUUAAGGAUUUAUUGAACGAGGCGAGGACGAAUCAUGCCAGUGCCAUUAAAGAACGAAUUGAAGACGUCAAGCCCUUGAGUAACGUGGUCGAGAUCACGAAGCAACUGUUUGACGUUUCGAAGGAAACCGCCAGACUCGAAGCCCAGGCUUUCGAACUUGAGCAAAAAACCGCCCUAGCUGCCGAAGCCAAGAACGUCCUGGACAGCUGGGUCCGUUACGAGGGUCAGGUCAAGCAGCGGCAACAGAAGGAAUUGGCCGACAGCAUCAUCGCCAAGGUCACCAAAGAGCUCGAAAACCCCAAGGUUUUGCAGCAGAUUUUGGCCCAGUCAGUGGCGGACGUUGAGAAGUUGGUGGCUAGCAAGAGCCAGUAGAUGAAGGCAGAAGAGCGAUCAGGCUCUCCUCUGGGGAGGCCAGAUUGCCGAUGGUGAACACUACAGGUAUGCCGAAGGCCUCAGUUGUGGACGUUGCCCAGCGGUGCCUGGAAGGGGACGUGGUGGAAUGGCAUUCAAUGUUGUACAUAAAAUACCUCUCUUUAGAAGUCUUAGGAAAAGAGCAAGCCGAUUUCACCCGGCUAUCUAAGUUAUCGGUCCAAGUCCAAACAUUCACCUUGCAA